AUGGAAAAAAUUACUCUUGUUUCGAAUUGUAAUGGAGUGUAUUCCUUGGAUAGUAAUACUGGGAUUGCAUCUCAAGCAUACAAGGACUGUAAUGCAUCAAAGUUUAGUGUUUCAUAUAUAGGUAAUUCUACAAGAUAUUUUGCUGGGUUUCAAGCAAAUAAACCAAUUUUACACAUAUGGAAUAAUAAAAGUGAGCCUAUUUAUAGAGUUUCACUUCCUGAAAUAAUUAAAUGCUGUGAAUUCCAAGACGAUGGUGGUGUUGUUUAUGCUGGUGGCCUUUCAGGAACCAUAUACAUAUGGGUCGUCACUACUGGGCAAUUGUUAAAUUGUUGGCUUCCUCACUACAAGCCAAUUAAUAAAAUGAGGUUGAUACAAAGUAAUUCAGUACUAGUUAGUUGUAGUGACGAUUGUUAUAUACAGGCAUUUCUGGUCAGUGAAUUGCUUGAAAGUAACAAUUCUUCGGUUUUUCCAAAACCAAUAAUUAAAUGGAAUGUUCACUCAGCUUCAAUAAAUGAUUUCUUCACGUUAAAUUUGUCUAGUAAUUUCUUAAAUCAAUCUAUUAUUUCAGUUGGAGGAGACUUUUCAUUAAAUUUUCUUACAUUUAAGUCUGAAAAACCACAAGCAAGCUUAAAUUUUUCGACACAGUUACACUCAUGUACAUCCUCAGAAUGUGGUAAAUUACUUUUCGUUGGGGGUGGAAAUGGAACAAUUUAUAAAAUAUAUCAUGAUGAAAUAUCUAAGGUAAAUAUUAACAAUGUUUUCAAGUUGCUUGGCCACUCUGGGUCUGUUAAAACUUGUAUUUACUCCAAAGGUAGACUUUUUUCGUCUGCAACUGAUGGGGUAAGAAUUUGGGAUGUAAUCACAGGGUCAUGUACCGCUCAGCUACCUCAAUUUGGGGAUGGUAUAAUAUCUAUUUUAAAUACUAGGGUAUCAACCAGUUACUUAUCUUUAUCAGUUCCUUUUUUCAAACCUUUUCAAAAGAAUAUUUCUAAGUAUUGUAAUAUAAUUGGGAUUAAUAUACCAACUAAGGACAGAAGAUCAGAAAUAAAGAGCGAAAUUUAUCAACUUUCAAACAGAACAGAUAGUAUUCGUUAUUUAAAUAUUUCUUUGCUAACUUUCAAUCAUAUUUCUAAAAAACGGAAAAAUGGAAUGAAUAAAAAAAUGGAAAAUAAAACUUUUGUAAAUGAAAAAAAUAACAUGAUUAAACUUGUAGUUGAAAAAUGUAUUUUUCUUGAGCUGUCAAAGCUAAAAUCAAGUUGUGGCAUGCAGAGGAACGGCAAUAAUUUUGAGUUUUUAAGAAAUUGUGUUAUUCCCUAUUCCAAAUUUAAAGAAGCAAAAAAUGAGAAAAUCGAGGAAAAAAAGAAAGAGCAACCUAUAAAUCAAAAUUUUAUCAAUAAGCCAAAAAUUAGGUAUAAACUUAUUAAAAACUGUGGUAUAAGUAAAUUUUCUAGAAAGCUUUACUUAAGAAUGUUACUUAGAAAAAAAUAUUUCAAACUCUCUAGACACUGA